AUGGAGCAGCACUUUCCCCACCUUCAAGGUCUUCCUUUAGAAGGUUAUCGCAACGCUAAACCUCAGCUACUGAUCGGCAUCGAUAACUUAAAACUGGCAGUACCAUUGAAGACACGGGAAGGCGAAAACGGUGGUCCCACGGCCGUGAAAACCCGACUAGGAUGGAGUGUUUAUGGCGGUCGAAAAGAAGAAGAUGUUCGAACAUACAGCUACCACAUCUGCGAAUGCGGAGGUGACGAUGCCUUGAGCAACACAGUUAAAGCAUACUUUGCAUUGGACGAGAUCGGAGGUAAGCAAGCUGAGGAGAAAACGGAAGAUGACAAACGAGCAAAGCACACCAUGCAAGAAACCACUCAACGGAACGGAGAGCGAUACGAGACGGGUUUGUGGUGGAAACAUAACAACGUGGAAUUUCCGGACAGCUACGGCAUGGCGGUGAAAAGAUUGGAGUGCUUGGAGAGAAGAAUGGCGAAGGAUGCUAUCCUGCGGGAAAACAUUAUGCGCCAGCUCCAGGAAUACCAGGCGAAAGGGUACGCGCAUCGUGCUUCAGGUGAAGAAUUGGCCAACUUUGAUCCCCGUCGCACCUGGUUCUUGCCGCUUGGGGCAGUGGUGAACCCUAAGAAACCAGGAAAAGUUCGCUUGAUAUGGGACGCUUCAGCUAAAGUUGAUGGCAUCUCAUUGAACACACUUCUCCUUAAGGGCCCCGACGAACUCGCCUCGCUGCUGAAUGUUUUGUUCCGUUUCCGGCAAUUUCCAGUGGCGGUAACAGCAAACAUCAAGGAAAUGUUUCACCAGUUGGGGAUUAGAGAACUGGAUAAGUGCGCCCAACUUUUUCUAUGGCGCGAUGAUCCCAGCAAACAACCGGAGGUCUACGUUAUGGACGUCGCAAUAUUUGGUGCGACAUGCUCACCGGCAAUGGCUCAGUACGUUAAAAACGUGAAUGCGAGGAGGUUUAUCCAGGACUUCCCGAGGGCCGAAGAAGGAAUCAUCCAGUGCCAUUAUGUGGACGACUAUCUGGACAGCUUCCUGACUGUCGAAGAAGCAAAAAAGGUGGCGUCACAGGUGAAAGCCAUCCACAAAAGUGGCGGAUUCGAAAUUCGGGGAUGGGGAUCGAACGUUCCAGAUAUUCCACUGCAUCUUGGAGAACCCAAGGAGAAAGUGGUGAAGAAUCUUGUGUUGAAGGGCGAAGAAACAGAGCGAGUUCUUGGCGUGCGGUGGCUUACGGAGAAAGACGAGCUUAAAUACUCUACCGAGAUGAGAGCGGAUAUCACUGGACUGAUUGCAAGCGGCGCGGUACCAACCAAACGACAGGUGCUCAGAUGCUUGAUGACACUGUUUGAUCCGCUUGGUUUGGCAGCACCUAUCUGGUUUAGUGGACCAGCAUUCCUUCGUAAACCCGAGGAUGAAUGGAUCGACUGGGAGAUACCGCAUCAUCUGGUGCAACCUGACAAAGAGGAGCUUCGAUCGUGCUGCUUGCAUCAUGAGGUGUUCAUCCCAGAACUGAUCAUCGAUGUCAGUCGGUUUGCAUGCUGGAAUCGCUUGCAUCGCUCCAUGGCGUACGUUCAUCGAUUCAUCAGCAAUUCAAAACGGAACGCCAAUCGCCAAACUGGUGAUAUUACACAGAGCGAGCUUAAAAAGGCUGAAGGAACAUUGAUGCGUUUGGUACAGUGGGAGUGUUUCCCGGAAGAGAUGGCAACGUUAGCAAGGAAUCAACAUGUAGUUGAUACCAAACGGCAUGCGCUGGACAAGACCAGCAAAAUCUACCAACUGACACCAGCCUUGGACGAGGUCGGCGUUCUACGAAUGGAUGGUAGAAUCGGGGCAGCUACGUGCGUUUCAAGGGACCUUAAGUUCCCCAUAAUAUUGCCAAAAUCGCAUCGCCUAACCCAUCUGAUCAUCGAUCAACAGCACCGCAAUCUGUAG